AUGUUUAUUUGGUGGCUUAUUGGAUCAAUCGGAUAUUUAUGUAUCGGUAUUAUUUAUUGUCAAGAUGCUGGUCAAGCUUUAGCUGACAUUGAACCGGCAGAAGAAGAGAUAAAAGUUGGUCUUUCUAUUGUUGAUAGUCCUCCAGAACAAGUUAAUAAUGAAACAAAUAAUUUAGUAGCUAAUGAUGGCAUAAAUACGGAAACUACUAGUACCGUAACAACUCCAGCACCGGAACCAUUUACUUGUCCUGAAUGUACAAAUUGUCAUUUAGAAAAAUCUAAUGUUGUCACUCGUGUUUGUGAAGUAGGGAUAAAUAUGUGCUAUAAAAUGCAUAAGCGCAUUAAUAAUGUUACUCGUCUAAUACGUCUUGGUUGUUCAACAUCGAAAGGACAAUGUACAGUACCCGAUGAUGAUCAGUCGAAUUCAUUCGAUAGUAUCACAUGUUGCACAAGUCAUCAAUGUAAUCAAGCCACUCAAGUUAAAAUAUCGUUUUUUCUUUCAUCAUUAAGUCUAUUCAGUCUUCUCAUUUUUAUUAAUAAUACAUAA